AAAAGAAACAAAGUGCGGCCCAGAUAUCGAAUUAAGAAGAAGAGCACGGUGCAUGCUUAUGGUUUGUUUGUUCAUCUUCUUACGAGCGACCGAGCGACUAGGGUUUCAUCUUCUUACGAGCGCUAAAGGUUUCUUCAUCACCAUGGAUACUAGCCAGAACAAGAAGAGGAGGAGGCAUAUCAUGGAUAGUAGCGAGAAGAAGAAGAAGAGGAGGAGGAGAAGCAGUCCAGCAUCUUCUUCUUCGGCAUCUUCUUCUUCUUCUUCUUCUUCUUCUUCUUCUUCUUCUUCUUCUUCUUCUUCUUCUUUUUCUUCGGCAUCUAGAUCUUCUUCUUCUUCUUCAGCAGCAUCAGCAUCUAAGCGGAGGAGGAGGAGGCGUAUCAUGGAUAGUAGCGACAGCAAGAAUAAUAAGAGGAGGAGGAGAAGUAGUCCAAACAAGGCAGCAGCAUCUUCUUCAGCAUCUAAGCGGAGAUCAUCUGAGCAGCAUAAGUCUGGGCUGCUUUGUUCCAUGGAUGAUGCUUUUCAUCUUACAUGCGAGAAUACUUAUGAACCUCAAUCUCUUCUAAGAUCACAGAGGUUGCCUACUGCUAAGGAAUACGACAAUUGGGAUUGCUAUGUCACUGCUUUUUUCUUUAAAAUGGCUUCCUGCCCUCUCGACAGACCACCUUUUAGCUACUCAUCAUUGAUGGAACAGGCAGAGCUCAUGGAGUCUCCUCCACCCUCACAGGUGAGGAAACAGUUCGACGAGGACUUUCCCAUUACCAUAAGGAGAGGGGGUGAGUGGGUUGAUCGCAUUGAAGUCAGGCGGGGCGUUCGGUGGCCAUUUAAAUUUGGUUCUUAUCCUCCGUGGCGUGAACCUGAUCGUAUUCCUUAUCAUUUGUUUCUGCUGGUUAAGGAAGCAGAUGAUAUCAUGAGGAGCCGCAACAACCCUAACGACGUGACAAAAUUGGCGUUGGUUGAGAAGAAAAUUCACUUUUUUUGUAAAUACUUCUACUGUCAUCUGCCUCGUCGCUGGGAAUACAAUCGGGAUGAUGCCAGUGAUGUUGUUGCCUGCUAUGACCUCACGCGCGAUCCUAUAUACAAUAUGGCUGGUUACACCCCUAUUUCUAUCUCCUCUUUGGGAGGGUGGGACCCGAUGUUGGAGUAUGAUGAGGAGACCGGUCUCUCGCGACAUGAGAUGAUUACUGUUUUGUGUAUUAUUCACUCACGGAAGACGCCUACAGUUUGGAAAAUGACCCGGCAGGAGGUGUUGUUCUACUGUAAAGUAUGUUCCUGCUUUGGUAUUGAUUACCAUCGUUUAGAGGCCGCUUCUGAGGAUGAUGUCUGCUUGAUGAAUGUGGGAUCAUACAACCUCUAGUUUCCAAGUCUUGAUAUUUCCAAGGGACGUGUUUAUGCUACUAAUGAAAAACUACAACUUAACUUAAGAUGUUUUAUUUGAA